CGAGGGGAGCGAGAGGGAUGAACCGAGGAUUCCUCAGAGUCCUCAGACGAAACAGCUUAACCUAACCUCAUCUGCAUCUGCAUCUCAACAGUCAACGGACAACGAGUCAACCAAACCAAAACACAUUAAUAUCGUAAGAAAGGUACAAAGAUUUUCUUUAACUAAUUUACGGAAAUCAGUCACACUAUUAAAAUUUGAUAAGUUUUUAACGAUGGCAGCAGUAGUUCAGUACAUCCUAGUACGUGGUGACCUGAUUAAAUCGUCAAAUUGGCCAGUAGGAGCUGUGAUUGCCCAAGCGUGUCAUGCAGCCACAGCUGUUAUUCACAAGUUCUACGAUGACCCAGCAACCCAACUUUACCUACAGAACUUGGAUAACAUGCACAAAAUAAUUUUAGAGGUUCCAGACGAGGAAACUCUUAAAAAGAUAUCAGAAGAACUCAAAGAAGACUCAGUAAGUCAUAAGCUAUGGAUCGAACAGCCAGAAAAUGUAGCAACUUGCUUGGCAGUGAAACCUUCUCCUAAGGAAGAUGUGCAAAAAUAUUUCAAAAAAUACAAAUUGAUGAAGUGAU